GUCUAUUGUGUUGAAAGUAGGAUUUUAAAUCUAUUCGAUUAUUAAGGUUAAAAUUAUGUACGAUCAAUAUUUAUUUGUGCAAAGAUAGUAAGAAUUUUAUUUUACAAUAUAAUUAAAAAGAUGGGUCCACCACCAGUGGUAACAGGUAUAUCUCCUAAGGAAGGACCUCCAGGAACCCGCGUAAUAGUUCGCGGUGAAUUUUUGGGUAACAAAGUGCAAGAUCUUAUAGGACUAACGAUAUGUGGGUGUGAUUGCCUUUUAUCAGCUGAAUGGAAAUCCACCAACAAAAUCAUUGCCAGAUCAGGACCUUGUAAAGGUCGAGGUGAUAUUAUAGUAACUACACGCAGUGGAGGACCAGGGACAUCAACAGUACAAUUCCGUGGUUAUCAUGAAACUAUAGGUCCUAUGAAAGAAUCUGCAGUAUGGGUAGAAGAAGCUCCUAUGCAGAGUUUUGUAUGGGGAAGAAGAACACUUUCUCCAACAAAUUAUCAGCAAGAAGACCCUUUAGGUUUAAGUGUAGAAGGCAAUGAUAAGAAGUAUCCUGAAGAUGAAUUAAUAGAACUUUUUGGAGAAGGUAGUGGAGAUCUUACCAGUGAAAAAUUUCAUCCUGGUUGGUUUUUAUUGCAACAUCACCAUGCUACUACUUUUGAGGACUUAAAAGCUGGUUUAGCAUAUCUUAAAAGAAAAGUUAAUUCUCAAAAGGAAGGUCAAUUGUCAUUUUUAAAGGCUAAUGUGGGAUCAGUAAUGGAACAAUUAGACACAGUCAUAUUAUUAAAAGAACAGUUUGAGACAGAUAUAAAAACAUAUGGAAAUGAUCCUACUGAAAAAUUAGAAAAAGCUAUUCGACAGUCCAUGUCAGAGGCUAAUAAAUUAUUUGAUGAUGUAUUAGCGAGAAGAGAUAGAGCAGAUGCAACAAGAAAUGCAUUAUCUGUAAUGCAAAGAUACAAGUUCCUUUUUUGUAUGCCAAUUAAUAUAGAAAAGAAUAUAAAACGCGGUAAUUAUGAUCUUGUGAUUAAUGAUUACACAAGAGUAAAAAAUUUAUUUAAGAAUACGGAAAUUGAAGUUUUUAAAAAGGUGCUACAGGAAAUUGAUAAUAGAAUUAUAAUGUUGAAAGCACAUCUAAAAAAUAAACUUGAAGAAAUGCCCUUCAGUUUAGAAGAACAUAAAAAGAUAAUUAGAAAUCUUGUUAAUUUGGAAGCUGAAGGGGAUCCAGCUUGGGAAGCAAUAGUUUCACAUUCAAAUUACUUGAAGAAAAGUAUCACCAUUUGUAUACGAGAACAAUUAGAAAUUGACAAUACAGUUGGUGAAGAUGUAAACAAAACGAAACCAGUAUUGAGCAAUAAAUCAAAAUUACACAAAGAUGAUGGAAUUAAUAUUCCUUCACAAAUAUCAUGUAUUGAAACAAUUUGUGAUAUAAUAGUUGAACAACUGCCAGACUUGUGGAGAUUAGGUCAAAGCUAUUUUACUGGACAGUUACAUGUUGCAGUGGACGCGGAAAAACAAACACCUUUUAAGAAUCUGGUACUAUCAAGCAUGCAACAUGCCAUGGAAGCUAUGAGAAAUAUAUGUAGCAAUGAUUUGGAUGCUGUUUGGCUUUUACAUAUUUUGCGUAGAAUUAGGCAAAUGUACGCUUCAUUGAUUCAUUUGGAUUUACCAAGUGAUGCAUUAGAUAUUUUUGGAAAACUUAUACUUGAUUUGAGAUUACAGUGCUUUAGUACUCUUUUUAAACAAACUGCAGAAAACAUAGCAGCUUUACAUAAAAAGGAAACAUGGCAAAUAGAAUAUUUGAAUGAAGACGGUGGCGUUACGAAAGUGCCAUACUUGUUUGAAGAAAUGGUUAUGGAAGUAUCAAAACGGGCACGAGAUACAGUAGUUGCUUGUGGUCCUCGAGAAGGACCAUUGUUUGCCAAUUCUGCUCAUCAGCUUUUAUAUUAUAACUCUGUCAAGACAUUGUUUACAUCGUUCACACGAUGUCUACAGCAGUUGGCAUUUAGUGGUUGCGAGGAAGCUUUAGAUGAUGACGAACCUUCCGUGUCUCAAUUAGUUGGUUCUCCUUCUGGCUAUAAAAGCAAGAGCAUCAAACAUCAAGGCCCAACGUGGGAACAAUGCCUCUUAAUCUCAUUAAGUAAUAUUCGUUAUACACUGAACACGAUCCUACCAAGAAUUGGAGAUGUAUUAAAGGAUCAGGAUUAUCCGAGUUUGUCGAAUGCGAUUGGAUGGAACUCAGAUUGGACGCAAUUGGGUACACUGGAUACGGCUGUUCUAGAUGCAUAUUUGGAACGUCGCUGCGAUCCACUGGUGGGUACAAUCGAACCGAGCAUGUAUCUGGGUGGUUUAGAAUGGGAUUUUGAAAUUGAACCUACUCAUGUGAGACCAUACGCACAAGAAAUUUUAGCAAAUUUAAUUGCAGUUCACGCUGAGGUGCGACGUGUCGCACCAGCUUUGUUACAACGAGUGUUAUCUCACAUAGUUGAGACUGUAGCAGAAGAACUUGCAAGGCUUAUGUCAUGUGUUACUCAAUUUCGACCAGCCGGAAUUGUACAAGCACGUACUGACAUCAUACUUUUGCGUAAUGCUUUAGAAUUUUAUAGUACUACGAGGGCAAAGAACUUUUUUGAAGAAGCACUAGAUGCAAUACCACAACCUGUUAACAAAGAAGACUGUAUGCGAAUCGACAUGCUGUUAUCGAAAGUAGCAACAUCUAUGCAUUUACAACUUUUAUGUCUUGCCAAUGAUGCAACAAAUAAUACUCCUAUAUUGAUUGCCGAUCCCAAUCGCGUUACUACUGUAUAGCUUUGAUAAUAACUUAAGGAUCUAACUUGCACAUUCAUUGUUAUUAAUGUGAAUAAAUCAAACAAAUUUCACCUUCAAUCAUUGAAUUAUACAAAUACACGUGA